UUUUCCCUCUCUCCAAUGCUCGUCGCCAGCAAGCAGUUGAGUCUCGGUCGCUCCCAUAGCUGGGACACCCUGGGGGGGAAUGAGGGGCAGUGGGACAGGGGAGAGAGUGUCUACGAGCAGCAAGCCAGGCUAGCGGGGCGGAGGAACUCGCUGUCGUACGGGGGAGACGGAGGAGGCUGGUACGAGCCUCAACCGGGCUCCCGGCCUCCCGACCUCGAUCUGAAACGGGAGCCGUUCUCCUAUCAGGACUCCCCGUACAGCCAGGGCUACGCCGAGCGAGGGACGAGGAAGGGCUCCGUCCCCGAGCUCAACCACUACGAUCGCCCGUCCAUGGCUCACCGAGGAUCCAUCGGUCCCCAGGAAUACUACCCCCAUGACCCCACCAUGUCCUCUCGCCCGCCUGACGACCCUCGGGGCUUCUACCGGCCCGAGCCAGCGCCCCAGCCUCCCCACCAGCUGAGCCGGUCAGGCUCCCACUACGGGAUGAGCCCGGUGGGGCGUGCGCCCUGGGACCAAGGCCAAGGGGGCCGACCGGGGCCCCAGGGCAUGCCGUCUGCCGGCCCCCUCCCUCCCCCGCCCCCGCCGCCCUCCGUCCACGAGAUGAACCGGAUCUACCGGGAGAACGGAGGCGCUGCCGUCACAAACAAGAUGAUGCCAGACGGCCAGCGUAUGGCCAGCCGGGACCCGUCCCCGUACGGCCAUGAGCCCUCCUCCCCCCGCUACGCCUCCGAGCCGCCCCGGCCCGUCUACACCGACGUGAACGGGAGGCCCCUGGACCCGCGCCAGCCCGCCGCCACCUGCCUGGUGGUGGACCCGUCCUCCCAGGCAGGCAUGAUGAUGAGGCAGGAGAGCCCUUCGCCCUACGGGGUCCCACAGCCCUCCCAGCAGCCGCUGUCCAACCUGCAGAUCUACGACCCCAACGCCCCCUUACCCCUGCCUCCUCCUCCUCCCCCCACCGCCGCCCCCGCCCCGCCCCAGCCCUCGCCCAUCCCCACCCCGCUGCCCCCUCCGCCCUCCACGGCGCCCCAGACCCCCGCCCUGCCUCUGGACCCCAAGAAGACGGUGGACCCAGAGUUCCUGGCGCUGCUGCGUAACGAGGGCCUGUCGGAGAGCACCAUCUCCUCCCUCAUCCAGCAGGGCUUCGACUCCACCGCCAUGCUGGCCGUCAUGGAGGAGAACGACGUGCGCUCCGUGGCUCCCAACCUGGGCCAGGCGCGGGUGCUCUCCAGGGUGGCUGUCAGCUGCAAGAGGCCCCAGGAGGCCCCUCUGGCGCCCCCCCAGCCCCAGACGCCUCUCCGUGGCCGCUCCAACAGCUUCAGCCACCAGAGCAGAGAGCUCUACCACCACCAGCACCAGCAGCAGCAGCAGCAGCUGCAGCAACAGCAGCACAUGGGCCUGGACCCCCACAUGAUGCCUCCACAGACACCAGGAGGCAUGCAGACCAUCUCCCCCAGGAUGGGAGAGGUGAUGGGCAGGAGGCCCAACAGCGCCCCCUCCCAGCACCUCCUGGAGACCACGGGCUACCCCCGCUCCCCAAGCCCCUACAGCGGGGCCAUGGUUCCCGUCCAGCCACGCCCCAUGUCCGCCUACUCCCAGCACCCUGGCGUCCACAUGCCGGGCAUGCAGAUGAUGGUGACCAUGCCCCAGCACAUGACCGGCUCCAUGCCAGGGAUGCACGGAAUGCCCCAGCAGAUGCCACUGUCCAUGCCCGCCCUGCCGCCACCCCAACACGCCCCCAAGGCCUACUCCACCAACUACACUGUCCCCAUGGAGCUGAUGAAGCGGGACCGAAGCCUUCCGCCCAUGUCCCCCAUGCACAGCCCUCACCCCAGCCCCCAGAUGAUGCGCAAGCCUGGGGGACCCUCUCCGGACCAGGCCAUGCAGCCCGCUGGGUCGGCCAUGCAGGGCCAGAACGCGGCCAACCAGAAGCUCAGCCGACGUACUGGCCCACCAGUUAUCGUCUCGACCAUGGCCUCGCCAGACACAAGUAUCCGUCCCCAGAUCAUGAACGGGCCCAUGCACCCUCGCCCCCUGGUGGCCCUGCUGGAUGGGCGUGACUGCACCGUGGAGAUGCCCAUCCUCAAAGACCUGGCCACCGUGGCCUUCUGCGACGCCCAGUCCACCCAGGAGAUCCACGAGAAGGUGUUGAACGAGGCGGUGGGGGCAAUGAUGUACCACACCAUCACCCUGACCAGAGAGGACCUGGAGAAGUUCAAGGCCCUGCGCAUCAUCAUCCGCAUCGGCAGCGGCUACGACAACAUCGACAUCAAAGCUGCAGGAGAGCUGGGCAUCGCAGUGUGUAACAUCCCAUCGGCAGCGGUGGAAGAGACGGCCGACUCGACACUGUGCCACAUCCUGAACCUGUACCGCAGGAACACCUGGCUGUACCAGGCCCUGCGGGAGGGCACGCGGGUGCAGAGCGUGGAGCAGAUCAGGGAGGUGGCUUCCGGAGCGGCCCGGAUCAGAGGAGAGACUCUCGGACUCAUCGGCUUCGGCCGGUCGGGGCAGGCGGUGGCGGUGAGGGCCAAGGUGUUUGGCUUCAACGUGAUCUUCUACGACCCGUACCUGCAGGACGGCCUGGAGCGCUCGCUGGGAGUGCAGCGAGUCUACACCCUCCAGGACCUGCUCUACCAGAGCGACUGUGUGUCCCUGCACUGCAACCUGAACGAGCACAACCACCACCUCAUCAACGACUUCACCAUCAAACAGAUGCGUCAGGGUGCUUUCCUGGUGAACUCUGCGCGGGGGGGUCUUGUGGAUGAGAAGUCUCUGGCUCAGGCCCUGAAGGAGGGCCGGAUACGAGGCGCCGCCCUGGACGUCCACGAGUCCGAACCCUUCAGCUUCACCCAGGGCCCUCUGAAAGACGCUCCCAACCUGAUCUGCACCCCCCACACAGCCUGGUACAGCGAGCAGGCCUCACUGGAGAUGAGAGAAGCCGCCGCCACUGAGAUACGCCGCGCCAUCACGGGUCGUAUUCCCGACAGUCUACGAAACUGUGUCAACAAAGAGUUCUUCGUCACCACGGCUCCGUGGGGAAUGAUGGAGCAGCAGCAGGUGCACCCUGAGCUCAACGGCGCCGCCUACAGGUAUCCCGCCGGUGCGGUAGGACUGGCGCCUAGCGGGCCCCUUGCCCCCGGGGAGGCCAUGGUGCCAGGGGGGGCCCCCCACACCCUGCCCCCUGGUACACACCCCUCCCAGCCCCUCUCCCAGCCCCCCUCCCCCAACCAACCGUCCAAACACGGAGCCCCAAUGAAGCAGCACAUGACCGAGCCGUAGAGGAGAGGAGAGAGGGUGUCUGAGCCUGUUCCAGCUCGCCCAUCUGACCCAGCCACCGUCCACCAAUGAAUCAGCUCUCACCGACUGAAUACCAGUGAGCCCGGUUCACAUUGACCACUGGAACAGAAGUGGGAACAUGCACACGUACAUACACACACACACACACACACACACACACACACACACACACACACACACACACACACACACUGCCACUCCAUCAUGGGACCUCUCAGCUCGAGACUCAUGCUCCUGGAUCUGAUCAACGGAGGUUAUUUUUGCUUUGGUUUGUUUAUCAUAUUUUAAUGUUUUUAUUCAAGUUUUCCUGUUUUUUUAUUUUAUUUGUCAAACUAUUUCCUUGGAGACUCCUGUAUGGGACAUGUUGCUAGAGAGACUGCCUGCUCACCCCGACAGAUCGUAUCUGGGAGAGCUCAUCAGGACUGGCGUGGUGUGUGCGGCCUGCCUACUUUAAUCCCUGCCUCAUUCCAUGGUUUCAGUUACAAGUGUGUCUGUGUAUUUCAAUUCUAUUGUAUUCUCUUUUGAAAACCCCUUUCAAGUGAAUGUUUUUGUUUUGUUUUCCCAGUGUGGGAUAAAACUUUUUUUUUAAAUAUAUAUAUAUAUAUUUUGAGGUUCCAUUUACCAGACAGUUAGAAUAAAAUAAUUGGUGUUGCCAACAGCAUCCUCAGUGUCCAUUGCAACUCCUAAGCCCUGUCCAGUCAGGACCGUGUCCCCGCCUGAGCAAGUACUAGAUUAGAUUGUACUAAAUGUAGACAUACAGCUUUGGAAAACUCAAUACACCAGGGCUGCCAGAUUCCUGGAGAACUAAUAAGUAGUCAAACCAACAAUUCAUUUUGAUAGAUCAAAACAGAACAUGUAUUAAAUGCAUUUGCUUUUACCUGAACCUUGCCAGUAUAUAGAGAUUUCAUAUUACAAUGGCUUGUUUGUGAACAGCCUUUCUGAAGUACGUUGUCUCUUCAUAGGGACCCAUAUAGAAGCUUCAUGGCCUGGCAGGCAGGCAGAUUUAAAGAGUUCUCUUACUGACUCAGGAAAUCUAACUUUUUACACAGAUCUUUUCCCCAAAUUACGUCAAAAAGGGAAAAGACAGUAAGUCUGGAUUGUUCCUCCUCGUGUUUCAAUCUUUUCUUCAUUGUGGUAUUUUUAUAUUUGACAUCUGUUUUUUUUUGUUUUUUUUUCCUAUUUGGGUGUUUUGCAGUCUUGUUAGAUUUGUAUUGCCUAGUAAAUGUUCUUAUAAUCAUGGUCAUGUGAACCACCCAGUUUUUUCUUCCAUUACUUAGUUUUCAGUUCUGAUAAAAGCCAGGUGGGUUUCCUGGUGGCUUUGAGGACUCUGUGAGUAAUAGCAACACUCUAGUGCCCUGAAGUUAGUGUGGGAAGGCUGCUAGGUGGUUAUUUGUGUGUGAGUGACUAUUUGUAAUUGUUUCUUGUACAAGGUUAACAUAUAGCAUACCGUGCAGUUCAAAUAAAAAUACUGUUGUAAUCA